GCAGAGUGCAGGAAAAUGGCAGAGCUGCAAAUGUUACUAGAGGAAGAAAUUCCGGCCGGGAAGAGAGCUUUACUCGAGAGCUACCAGAACCUCUCCAGGGUUGCGGAAUAUUGCGAGAAUAAUUAUGUGCAGGCUCAGGAUAAGAAGAAAGCCUUGGAAGAGACUAAAGCCUACACCACCCAGUCUCUGGCCAGCGUGGCCUACCAGAUCAACGCUCUGGCCAACAAUGUCCUGCAGCUCCUGGACAUCCAGGCGUCUCAGCUGCGCCGCAUGGAGUCGUCUGUCAAUCACAUCUCUCAGACAGUGGACAUCCACAAAGAGAAGGUCGCGCGGCGAGAGAUUGGGAUUUUGACCACCAACAAGAACACUUCACGGACGCACAAAAUCAUCGCUCCCGGGAACAUGGAGCGACCGGUGCGCUACAUCAGGAAGCCCAUCGACUACACGCUGCUGGACGACGUGGGCCAUGGAGUGAAGCAAGGGAACAGUCAGCCUGCGAGGUCUGGUGGCGGGACUUUAUCCAGAACCAAUCCGCCAACUCAGAAACCACCAAGCCCACCCAUGGCAGGGCGGGGCACAUUGGGGAGAAACACACCCUAUAAGACUCUGGAACCCGUUAAGCCCCCUGUAGUGCCAAAUGACUACAUGACAAGUCCGGCCCGGCUGGGCGGUCAGAGCAGCCCUGGACGUACAGCAUCACUCAACCAGAGACCCAGAACACACAGUGGAAGCAGUGGGGGUAGCGGCGGACGAGAGAACACCGGGAACAACGUGGGAAUCCCUCUGGCUGUUCCAACACCCUCCCCUCCUAGCGUGGCACAAGUGGUUCCUCCAGGUCCAGGUCUGGGUCCUGUUCCAAUGUCCCAGUUCGGCACUAUUUCUCGUCAGAUCUCGAGGCACAGCUCUUCUAGCGCCUCCUCUUCUGCCUCCAUGGUGUCAGCUACUGGCACUUACCGCCGUGCCCCGUCCAGCUCGUCCCAGUUCUCCGUGCCCCAGUCGCACCUUAAUGGAGGUCCCACAUUUACACAAAACACUGUCUCUACCGCCCCACCACCGGCUCCUGUAGGACAGCUCACAGCUCAGAUUCCUCUCACCGGCUUUGUUGCUCGUGUUCAGGAGAACAUAUCAGAGAGCCCCUCUCCUCCUCCGCCUCCGCUUCACGAAGACACGCCCAUAUUUGAGGAAGCGGUCCCGCCUCCUCCGCCUCCACCCGUGGACUACGAAGAAGAGGAUUCGGCGCUAGUGCAGUACAACGACCCGUACGCUGAUGGAGACCCUCACUGGGCCCCUAAAUCCUACAUAGAGAAGGUGGUGGCUAUAUACGACUACAGCAAGGACAAAGAUGACGAGCUUUCCUUCAUGGAGGGCGCCAUAAUCUACAUAAUCAAGAAAAACGACGACGGCUGGUUCGAAGGCGUGUGCAACGGCGUCACUGGACUGUUUCCUGGCAACUACGUCGAGUCAAUCAUGCACUACGCCGACUAACUUAGCCUUAUCAACAAGGUGCAUCGAGAUCCGCCUCUUCGAUGUGGUCUCAUGUGUUUCGGUAUCUACGAUGUGCAGUGUGUAUCGAGGGAUGGCAAAAUAACAAGUGGUUGUGGACGGGUUUUGUACAUACUGUAUGAAGCUGUGGGUUCGUGAUUACUGUGUUUCGUGCGUGUGUGUCGUCAGGCCAGUGUUUGCAGUUCGCCAGCCAGGAUAUGGUUUUAUUAAAAGUGCUUGUUGUAGUUUUUA